AGACUUUUCCUUUUACUUACAGUCUUUGAGUCCAAUUAUAUAUAAAUACUCGCUUCCCUUUGCUUCGUUAUUUCACAAACAAGUUAAAGAAAAUGAUAAAAAUGGCAGUAAAAUUUGUGGUAGUGAUGAUAGUGUUUGCACAAAUCUUAGCUCCAAUCGCUGAAGCUGCUCAAGGAAAAGCUGUCUAUUACGACCCUCCCUACACUAGGUCUGCGUGUUACGGAACACAACGUGAGACGCUGGUAGUCGGAGUCAAGAACAAUUUGUGGCAAAAUGGUCGAGCUUGUGGUCGGAGGUACAGGGUUCGAUGCAUUGGUGCUACAUACAACUUUGACAGAGCAUGCACCGGGCGUACCGUAGACGUGAAGGUAGUUGAUUUCUGCCGGGAGCCUUGCAACGGUGACCUUAAUCUCUCUCGUGACGCUUUUCGGGUUAUCGCUAAUACUGAUGCCGGUAACAUUCGUGUCGUAUACACACCGAUAUGAAGUUGAUCCUUGAUAUACACUAUAAGCAAAAAAAACGAGAGAUGAUUUCGUGGUACUAUAUAUUCCAAUAAAUCGAAUGGAACUAAUAUAUAUUGGGCAAAAUAUUCGUUAGAUCCGCUUCGAUUCGGUAUUUGAUUUGAUUUGAUUCGAAAAAUCCGAAUAUCCGUAAGAUUUUAGAGCAAAGCAAAUAGAAAAAUAUAGUAUUCGUAAAAACCGAAUCAAAUAACAAAUAUUGUUUUUAAAAAAAUCGAAUACCCACUUCGAUCCGUAUCUUUUUAUAUAUAUUAGAAAAUAUAGUUAUAUCUAUAUAUAGAUAUCAUAAAUAGUUUGUGUAUUGUUGUCAUUUUAUGUUUUUAUGUUAAGAUGUUUGUUUGAUCAUUUUUUUUUCAUGUUAUGUUUUGAUCAAUGGCAUAAAAAACUAUCGGGUUUUAGUUUUUGGAAUUAGUUUGAUAACAGUUUGUUGACUGGUGAUACCAACAACGGUUAUGUUUGGUAUUUAAAACUUAUUUUGAAAGCAUGUUAAAAAAAAAACUUUGAAUAUCUGAUAUGGUUAUCCGCAAAUAUCACAAAAAAUUCCGAAUAUUCGAAAUUUCGGAUAUCCGGAAAUUUUUGAAGCAAAGCAAAUCACAAAAUCAAGUAUUCGUUUAAAAUGAAUCGAAUAACAAAUAUCACAAUUUUUCCGGAUAUCCGCUUCGUGCCCAUACCUAAUAUAUAUGUAUGGAUGAUCCUUUGUGAUGAGAACAUUGUGUUUCAAAUAAGAAUUCCACUUUAUCCUAUAUUAAUUUACAAUUUUCCGUAUACUGUUAAGUAUUAAGUAUUAACCGACGGGUUUUACUAAUUUAAUGUCUCUUUGGUAGGGUUAAAACUUAGAACUGUUUAGAAACUUAUAGAACAAAAUAAACUAUAUUUUCCAAACACGAGUUAAGAAUAGUUUGAUAAUAAAAAAAAUAUGUCCGAUUAACAUAGCUCUGUCUUUCAAGUUCAAAACCUAAAAAACGAAAACAUAUAUGUAUAGUAUGUGAGUAUGUCAAAACUCAAAACGGAGUGGGCAAUUUCUGGUUUUUAGAUUUUUUUUAGGAGUGUGUGAGUGGGCUUUCCCUUACCAUCUCCUAAAAUCGAGCUAACAAAAUCUAUUUCACUUUUCCAAAUAACUAUUUUCUAAUAAUGGUUUUUCAAUGCGUGAGGUCGUGAGCCUAUCAAAAGGUUAUGUAGGUUGACCUAACUACAUAUCCUGGUUUUUCAAUUAUGAUAGUUUAUGUACCAAAGGAAAUUAAAACACCAAAUCAUAAACCAAAAAUUGAUGAACAACAAAAAUAAAUGGAAAAUGUGUAUGUUAUAGCCUUUUAGGUACAUUGUUCUACUAAGCAUAUAAUAAAUAAAAAGUGCACGAAGACCAUACAUGCUUCGAGUUAAGACUUAAAUCAGAGAAAGCCGUAGAACCUUCUUCCAUGUUGGCUUUAUGUUUCCCUCUCUCUCUCUCUCUCUCUCUCGUGUUUCUCCUUUGUCAACAUAGAAUGUUUGUUUACUGCCUAAAAUUAUGAAAUGAUAAUAGUUCUGUCUAAUGCCUCAUCUUUUUAUCUCGUACAUUUAAUUUGAAAACUGACUGUUUUGCUCGCACUAA